AUGCUCUUGUCAACAUCGUGUCCACCGUCUCGCAACCAGUUUGAAGGGAUCCGUGAAAUUCAGAGACAACUCGGUCACCGCGCGCGGUUCCAUGCCAGAACUGCAUUCCACAUUCACAUCACUAAUACCUGCCCGGCUCAUUGUCCUCAAAUUUCUAUUUUUCUCGGAACUCGGAAAGUUUCGACGACGAAUCAACAAUCUGCACGUUGA